UUUAAGGAUUUGAAUCGAUGGAAAAAAAUUGCAGGAUCUCAUGACCUAGAAAAUUCACUAAUUCUCUCCACCUUGGAUAAUCACAUCUGUUUACCCGGGUGGGAUCAGUGUGAUGCAACCAUCGGGAAAUAUCGAUGCACUUGUCACUUGUGUUCAGCUAGUUCCAUCCGAAUCGACUAAUAUCUCUUCACAUGGAAGUAUAUCAUCCUCGACAAGUGAGGGAUUGACAGGAAAAUAUGAACAAGGUGCUGAUCGAAUCAUUCGACUUGAGCAGGAACUGAAUGCUGCCAGACAUUCGAUUGCUGAAAAGGAAGCCAAAUGUACACGAUUAAGUGAGCUUCAGAAUCAUGUAGAUUCUGAAGUACAGGAGCUAACUGAGAAACUGUUCCAGGAAGCCUACCGAAUGGUCAAUGAUGCUGAAAGUCGUCGAGCUAAGGCUGAGAAAUUACUUGUUGAAAGUCACUUGAAAGUUGAUAUGUUAGUGGCCGAAGUUGAAGCUUUAAAAGUUAUCGUGAAGUCGCCAAUAUCCUCCUACUCGUCUCAAAUGGCGCAUUUGACUGCCAUGACACCUCAGCCGACUGGCUUGGCGUCACGUUUUCUCGGCGGCACACGGCGAAAGGAACGGCAUAGUUCUGCAAAUAGCCGUAAAAGUUACACUUUGCCAUCAUCAGGAUGGAAUUCAACACCACCAAUACAAAGCGAAGAACAUGAAUCGGUGUCUGAGAUCGACCCUAUUUAUCAUAAAGAAUUCACGCAGUGGAGAGAACGAGGUGCUUCGAUAUAUGACAGUACACCUUUCCUAUCACGUAUCAUUGCAGAAGACGUUUAUCCUUGUCUUAACUUUGGUAGCACUAAGCUAACAGAACAAGUUCUGGAUGCGAUCAAGGCAAAUACUUUGGAACUUGAAGCUAUUUUGGAAGCAAAACCCGCUGUUAGGACUUGUGCGUUAUCUAUGGUUCCACGUUUCUGUCGCUAUAAAAUGAGAGUUAGCGGAGAUACCGAAUGGUGCUAUAUUUCAUUGUUGACACGUAAUCGGAUAGCUGCAGUCUGUGAUUUUUUACCUACAUUCGUUAUGUAAACCAAGGAAUUGUCAAAUGUGGCGUGCACGAUUCGUAUUGGGAUAUUAUAACAUUACGCAAAAAUAUGACACUGGCAAGACUUGGUCUGAAUUUCAUCCCGAAAAUUGGAGGUUCACAAGCUGGAACUUUAUGAUUGCGAAGAGAAUGAGUGGAUUACCCAGGAAUACUUUGCACAUUUUAUUAUAACUUAUUUUCACAAAUUAUUUGCUUAGUUUCUAAAGUUUUAUAAAGAAUUUUCU